AUGUCAGCACGCACAAUCCAUCCUCGUUCUUUUAUUCUCAACGCCCAGCCCCAUUACAAUGUGUUCCUGAGAUCCUUUCUCCAAAGGUGCAGCCUACUAGUUCCACCCCAUCGAUCCAGUCUAUCCUUUGCGCUAUCAUCUGCUCCAGAACCGAUAUAUGACACUCCUUUAUUUCAACCAUCAUCCCCUUCCUCCCUCUCUUACUCAACACACUCAACAUCCUCUUCAGUACGGCUCCGUAUCCAUUCAUCAGGCCCUAAACGGAACGACUCUGACUGGACGCCUGAGCAUGAUUCGAUACUUCUGUCCCUUCGCGCCCAAGGAAAGACUUGGACUCAGAUUGGAGAAGCUCUUGGUCGCUCCCGACAAGCAUGCAAUCGGCGGUUUGAUUCUGUACUCAAUCCUGAAAGCGGUGAAGCCUUCUGGAAAUCACAACCACACAAAAACCAUUUGCUCAAGGAGUACGUCCGUCAGCGUCAAAGUUGGAAAACCAUCGCUCACCAUUUAGGGACUAAGGCAUCAGCAUGUGAAAGGCAAUGGAGGAUCCUGGCACGUCAAAGCCAAGCUCAGGGUCAAAAUCAAGGACAUAGCAUGGAUCAUGAAGACGGUAGGGAUGAUAUGGAACAUCUUGGGCCUAGUAGAGUAAAUGCGCUAUCAUCAUUAGACAGGGUUAGCAUAACAAGCGUCAAUAGAAUUCGGUGGACGGCGGCCCAGGUACAACGCCUCAAGCAUGCAGUGGCCGAAUAUGGCUUAAACAACUGGGAGACGAUUGCAAAUAGUGUCUUUGAUGGACAAUUCACGCCGACCUAUCUUCGACGUCAGUAUACAAAGCUGGAGCAGAGGAGGAAAGUCUGGAGAGAGCAACAAGAUAAGGAACUCUCCUCGGCAGUCAUGAAUCUUUACAAAAGUCUAUUUCCAACACUACCAACCCCAUCAUCGUCUGAAUCAGUUUCACCAAAAAUAAUGGAUGAUGUACUCUCACAAAACCAAUGGGAUAUGGUCGCAAAAUCUAUAUCCGGGGAACAUUCGGCCUCGGAAUGUAGGGCUCAUUGGUUGAGGAUGCAGCUAUGGGCACUAAGUAGGCAGCUACGGGGCCGCAAAAACGUGUCAGUAGACGCAAUAGAUCAUGAUGGUGAUGGAAACAAUCAUAAUAUACAUCAGCAGAAUGCACCUGCUAGUUCAUCAGAAUCAUGUAUUGCUAGUGCUUCCCAGGAUGAAAGGGGAUUAUGGACACUACAGCAAAGCCAACGACUAGAAUCAAUCAUCAAGUCUAUGAAAGAAAGCGCCAGCAUCUCCGACACAAGUAACACCAUGUUUACCAUCGAUUGGGACAAAGUGUCGGCUUUGAUGGACCAUAAAUUUACAAAACAACAGUGCAAGAGCCGCUGGAAUCGUAUGCUAAGGCAGGUUCAGGGUUCCACAACAUCCGGACGAUGGGACGAAGAAGAAAUCGAGAACCUAGUGGUGGGCGUAUACAACCUUGGACCACAAUGGGCAGAGAUUAGGCGGAACUGGGUCCAUGGGCGUGCUCCGACGUUCAUUCAAGGGAAAUGGGUGAGCAUCCGAAAUAAAGUUUAUAAUGAAAUGGUCGUUCAACGAUGGACUUGGAUGCAGGCCAGCAUAGAAAUCUAUGGGCAACAUAUUGGCGAAACACUGGGCAAGGUUGCUGAACGCUGGCCCUCACUCUGUGAAAUGCCCACCAGGCAUCAAAAACAUAAACCAAAGUGA